CCUUUCUCCACUCACUGGAUCUCUCCGGCAGAUAUCGACGCCGCUGCAUUCCUCCGCUCAGGAAAAAAAACCCCUACACUUUCUGGAUAUCUUUUUUGUUUGGAUUUUAAUGCCUGAGUUAAUAUUUCAUCCAGCACUACUCUCGGGUAGUUUGCAUAGCUUUUGCUUUGGCGACGAGCGGCUGCGGUGCGGAGCUCAACAAAACCGCAAGCUGUGUUUAGGUGCUCUCUCCCAGCCCCUCUCUGGAUGCAUCGGACUCCUCUCCCCCGGGGCCCUGGACCCGGUGUGUGACCCCGCCUCUCUCACCCCUGUCCCCCUCUCUUCCUUCUCCGACCACUCCAACCUCCCCCACACCUUUCCCCCUCGAAGCUCCUGUCCUGGGCCCCCUGCCUCGCGACCAGCGGGCAGAGGCAGGGGGCCAUGGCGCCAUGGUAGCCUCCAGUGGACGCAACCCUCUCGCCAUGAGCAGUGUGACCCCUAUUGUGGGCAGGGUUCAGGGGACCAGUUUUACCCCACAUCACUACAAGCCCUUCAGCUCACAUGCACACUACCAGCAGGUGAUGCGUGCAUUGCAUAAGCUCCAGGAAAGUGGGUUUUACUGGGGAGCUGUGGGGGGCCGUGAAGCAAGCUCCAUGCUCCGCUCUGAACCACCAGGCACCUUCCUGAUCCGUGACUCUUCUGACCACCACCACUUCUUCACCCUCUCUGUCCAAACGGCUCGGGGUACCAAGAACCUGCGCAUCCACAGCGAGGGAGGUGGCUUCUUCCUACAGCCAGACCCCCAAAACACACAAGAGCUCCCACAGUUUGACUGUGUGCUGAAACUUAUUGCGCACUACAUGGGGAAGGGGCCGGAGGCUGGAAGGAGCAGAGAAGGAGCAUGUGGUGGCAGCUCAGGAGAGUCAGAAAUGAAGGGGCGCAGUGUGUAUCUGAUCCACACUGGUGGAGAGAGGAUUCCCUUGGAACUGCGGCGCCCCCUUUCAACUUCUCUCUCAUCCUUGCAACACAUGUGCAGGAGGACCUUGAAUAACCAAGGGCUUGGGGGUUCUGAGAGGAGUGAGCAGCUCCCUCAAACACUUAGAGACUUUCUGGAGGAGUAUGAUGCUCCGAUAUGACUGACAGGAACUGCAGAGGUUCCAGUUCAUGGACCAGGGGCCUGAAGGACCAGUUCUCAGUGCUUAUGUGAAAAAUGCACACCAUGUGAUACUGACCAGAGUUAGCGUUAGAUGCUAACAUGAGGUUGGUGAGAGGUCAGAUUUUCAUUGUGACCAGCAAACCUGAGCUGGUCAAACACUGACGGGCACCAGCUACCCAGAAUCCCCUGCUGACAUGGGGCCUGGGAUGAAAAGUUGGAUUCAGGUAAUGAUUACCUUGUCCGUCCUGCCUCCAAUCACUGACCACCAGUGUAAGUGGCAGAUGAAAGGUGGGUAAAGGUUCAGUGGUUCCAAUGACUGACACAGACGCAGAGCAGAGCCUCGUAGAAGAUUAAUCUGAUUGGUAGAUAUUAAUGAUGACAGCGAUGACACGGUCAGUCCGCCACGGGAGUUCCCUCUCAGUUUUAUGUGCUUUAGAAGAAACCUCAUCUCUCUUUGGUCAACCUGACAUUUACAACACUGUGGAUCACUGGACAGAGAGAAAGACAGCUAAGAAAAAGAGACAUGGGGGAGGGGGUGACUGAUGGAGGAGUAACAGGGAAAAGACAAAGUCCAAAGGAGACGCAGAGCAGUAUUUGUUUGUGUGGCUGUGUGUGUUUUUGUGUGUUGUGGCGGCGCACACAUUUCCACUGCUGCUUCCCGCAAAUGUUGCCUCAUAGAGGGGGAGCAGGGUGGUCAUGCACGCUAGCUCUGCACACACAAACAGGUACAGGCCCAUGUGUGGGUUUUGUUAGCGUGGGAACAUAAGUGUGGAAAAAGCAUUACAAAGCAUCUUCAUUUUUGUUUGUUUCUCGGUUCUCCUCCAUAACCCUUUCCCCACCCCCCCUCUUUAACAUUUUUUUUUUUUUUUUUUUUGGAGUUGCAUGUUCGCUUUGACAAUGACAGAAAACAGGCUGCUGUUACCCAGACAAAAGCUUGUUACUGAGACAAAAGCCUUGGCACAGGACCAAACAAAACAUCAGAACUUAUUUUUAUCCAGAGAGGUUGGAAAAAUGUCAGCAACACUGUAAAACUCCUCUGUGUAUGAUGUUGAUGAUCCCAGGGAGAAGGGGGAGAGGGUAAGGAUGAGGGAAGGAGAAAGAAGAAGAGCGGGAAAUGGGAUUAACUAAAAGGAAACUAAAGAACUGGGGAGGGGGCUAAGGGAGGGGAGUAGUGGGAGGAGACAUACUGGUAUACAGCUAAACAAAAACAUUGACGUGAUUGAUGUCUUAGACUUAGAGGAAAUGAUCGGGCUCAACAGGACACCGCUCCUGUAAAUAUAAAACCCAACUUGCCAAAGGAGCCGAGUUUGAGAACAAAGUUCUGACUGAGUCUUAAUUCUUUGUUAAACCCUCUCACAGUGAUGUGUUUUCAUCUCAAACUCUUAGUUUGUCUGAGUGAGCAUUUCUCAGCUUUCUCCUUCAAGGUUUUCUAUUGCCUCUUUUCCACACAGCUUGAGCUGGUACCUGUGCCUUUACUGUUUCAAGGGUAAACUCUUAGCCAAGUGAAAGCCACUUGAAACAGUUGUGUGUGGCUGUUUUUGUCACCUCAAAGGUGCAAAAGUAUUUGUAUGACAGCUGGUAAAGUGUAUUUAAGCUCUUUAACCUACAUUGAUAUGAUUGCCUUGGGCCUAUCAGAUGUUGUCACAUCUCUUUUUAGUGUGAUGUAAAACACUGGCUGUGCCCUAAACUAGUGGUUCCCAACAUUUUUUUAAGGCCCCCCCUACUCAUAUCUAAGAAAAACAAAGACCCCCAAGCCCGCUUAGAAAUUUAACAUUAGUUUUAAUUGUUUUCAUUGAGAAUAACCCAACAUAAUAUACUUGUUCCUGACAAAUGAUCUAUGUGUAAACUAUCCAUUGUUAUGAUGCCUUAUUAGGGCCUUUAAAAAAAAAACAGAAAUAUUCAAGUUGAAAAACAUUAAUUUUAACAAAAAUAGUUUUUUUUUACUUUAAAUGACAUAAAUGUACAUGAACCAAAACGCAGAAUUUGUUAAAUUUUUGAUGUCAACCUGUUGUAAAAAAAUUGAAAUUUAUGUUUCUAAUAUAAAGUUUAAGACCUUUUAAUCUCAGAAAUUUCCACAUUUUCUUGUAAAUUUUCAAUUUUUUAACUCUGAAAUCACUCAUUUUACCCCCCCCCCCCAAAAAAAUCCUUUUUUCUAAAAAAUAAAUGGAUCCUCUUAUUUUUUUUAAUCCUCUAGGGUGGUCCUAAUACACCGUCAUUAGGUUUUUAAUCAUAAUUGAAAAAAAUACAUAUACAUCAAAUUUUGACACAUAAGAGCAGACCCCCCCCCCUCCAGUUGGGAGUCACUGCCCUAAACCUGUUGCAGCUUUGAAAAUCAAGAAAGGACAGUACUAAGUGAGGCGAGUCAAGUUGAACCAAACAGUGGAAAUGAGGCAUUAAAAUUCUGCCUGGAAGGAAAGAAGAGGAGAAAUUGACUUUUGAUGAGGAUGUUUUUAUCUCACAAAACCUCAGUUUUCCACCCCAACUUUUCUCCAUCGUUACCUCUGAAACAGUAGUUGUUUUUUGUCUGUCUGAACGUCAAAGGAACACCAGACUUUCUUAAAGUGAUUCUUUGAAAACAAAACCGCCUUUUUGUAAAACAAAGACUUGGAUUUGAUGAAAGCAGUGUUCGUCCGGAGCUCAAACGUACCUGUGACCCAUUCAUGGCAUUUCACAAUCUUGAGGCAACUUGAAACGGGAGCACUGAAAUACACCAGUGUGGCUUGUUUCCAUUCAACAGUUAAGCAACUUACAAAUGUGCAAAAUCUGAUAUAAAAAGCUUUCUUUCAAACGAGAUUUUACUUCUCCCUCUCUUACUGGUAAAAGUAGGUCUGUUAGAGUUUGAAUUUAGUUUUUUAAACAGUUUUCUAUCCCAAUCUACAGUGGUAAAAGUGGUGUAUCAUAAUGGAUUAAGUUUGAUCUGAGGGGUUUAAUUGUACUUUUUCAUCUGGGUAUAGCUGCGUCUGUCUCAAAAAGGCAGGGUAAUGCAAUGAUUGUUAUACACCAAGCAGAAGGCUUCAAUCAUGCAGCUAAAUUUUUACUAAUUCAGAGUCUAUUUGAAAAUGUAACACAAAAACAAGUAAGGACUUGUGUGCAACAGAGGAUGCUUUAUUCAUUUUUUUUCUUGCUCAAAAAUAGGCAAAAUUCUACAUUUAUGGAAACACAUCUGGUGGGACACUGUUUUUCUCAAAUCUCAGCCUUAUUUUUCUCACAUAAAAGUUCUUACAUGUGUUGCAGCAGCAGUGGACCACACAUGUAUGUGAAUCAUUUGUCUUUUAUAAAGACUCCCUCAUAAAAGGCUGGCCACUAGUCUGGCAUAAUACAAGCUGUAAUAUCUGAAAUGACAAAGCAUUACAAGAAAAAAUAAAUGAAAAAGGAACGUUGCACAUAUUUAUAUUUCUAAAAUAUUUCAAUAAUUUAUAUUAAAGAGCACUAUUUUUACAAAAGUGAAGCAUUUGUCUUGUGUGUUACUUUGCUGUUGUGUCUUUCUCUUACUUUACUGAGUCAACAUUUACUCAAUGAGCUCUAUUUCAAAAUAAUCUUUUGUAAAGGGAGUUGAUAUUCCAACAAUACUGGCCUUACAACCAGAUUAUUAACCGUCAAACAAAGCUAUGUUUAUUCACCCUGCUGGCUUUAUAAGAGCCGGAGCAGCCUGCUUUAAGAGACAAUACUUGUUCAUCCGUGGGUUAAAAUGACUGCAAUCAUCACAUUGUUUUUUUCUGCUGGGGCAUUAUGGGUAAAUUCCAUAGGCUACUAAAAAACAUAAAGGAAAGGGUGUGGGGUAAGAAUUUUUUUCUCAGACAUGCUCCGCAGACGUGCACAACACACAGAAACAAAGGGAUUCCCAGAAGUUAACACGCACACGCACUGACACAGCAGUUACUGUGUAGAAAGCUCACUUUGGGCUGGACUUAACUGGAAAGGAAUGCAGCCGGUUUUAUACAUCCUGCCUGAGGGGCUGAGAGAGGAUGGUGUCCA